UGGUCUUGGUCUGUCUCCAGUGACGUACACGGGCAGCGGCGAAUGGCAGUGAUAGACUCAGCAGAAUAAACCCACUUCCAGCAUUGGUUCAUAAUAGUCUCUUCCAUUUUCAAUCCUUCUUGCUCAGCGACCGGGCGUGUUUGCGUACUCCCCUUUCGCCAACAAUUAUAGCGAUACCUCCACCUUACGGUUAUUACACUGGACACAUACCCAUACUAUGUGGCUGUGCGGACUACGGCUCCGUAGGGGUAGCGGCAGACAGCACACAGAUGCAAGUCACACAGAAAAUGGGGCGAAAGCGCUGGCUUCAGAGGGUUAUUUAUCCACUGACGGCGCUGCUAAAGGGGCUGAUGCCACGAAUGCAGAUGAUGCUAAAGCGCUACUUGCUGUGCUGGAGCACAUGCCUUAUCCGGUGUCAGUAAUCUUUCAAGACACGGAUGAUAUACUACUGCAAAACAAACCGAGCAUUGAGGUUUGGGGCGACCUCCGAGGCCGUGAGUCUUUGCUUGCAUCUUUGUUUCAGCUUGCAGACGACGACGUCAUCGCGGACGCUUACGCCGAACUAUCAAGGUCUGGAAAAUGGCGUGGCCUACUGCGCAUACGGACCGCAUCCACGCCAGCCAUGCCAUCCCUCUUACCUAAGGGACCCGAGGCCUACAGCAACUUCUCCGGACCGGCUGUGCUUGGCUCCCCCAUGGCGCUAUCCCCGCAGCUGCCGCUGCCAUUGCAACUGUCUGCUGCAGUCCCGACCAACCAAUUGGGGUCGGGGCAACCGCCCUCAACGGUGCCUGUUGACCAACUUGAAGGCGUCUGCAGCGAGUCCUCUAUCCCUAAUCCAGUCGACGCAACUCUGUACGAAUCCUCUUCGACCGUCUUGGCGACCUUUGCCUCCGUGGCUGCAGCCAAAGCCGGCGCUAUCGAGUACAGCACGCAGUCCACAUCGGACUCCCAAGCGUGCUCGCUUGCUACACAAGACCUCGCUAAGGAUUUGGCGUCGCCAACACCGCUGCACCAGCAACAACAAGUCAACACCGCCGACGGCUGCUCCCCACCUGACAUGCGCCGUACGACAGGCAAAGGGGUCGCCGCCCAAACCCAAGCAACCUCAGCUGCUAACGACGACAGGGUCACGUCCCUCAGCUCACCCCUAAUUAGCCGAGGGGAGCUUCGCAAGCCACAGCUGUCGGUACAAGGCUUCCAACAGGCGAUGGAGCGUGGGGCUCGCCUGCUACUCCCCAAAAACGCGGUGUUGCCGUACGAAAGGUCCGCUAGCAACGCCGAG